AGGGCCGGGCGGGGGGCGGUGCUACGUGGCGGCGCGGAGGUGCGCGGGAGGGCGGGCGCAAUGGCGCGCGUGGGGGCGGCGGUCGAUAAGCUGGAGCUCCGCGCCGCCGCCGUCGUCUCGCGGCCGGAUCCCGCCGAAGCCGCGGCCAUGUCCUCCGUCGUCUCCUAUGAGAGCCUGGUGCACGCCGUGUCCGGCGCCGUGGGCAGUAUGACUGCAAUGACUGUAUUUUUUCCUUUGGAUACAGCUAGGCUUAGACUUCAAGGGGUGGUGAACGUACUCCUGACCACUCCUCUUUGGGUAGUGAACACACGGCUGAAGCUGCAGGGAGCAAAAUUUAGGAACGAAGACAUUGUACCGACCAAUUAUCAAGGCAUAAUAGAUGCCUUCCAUCAGAUAAUACGGGAUGAAGGAGCCUUAGCUUUGUGGAAUGGUACUUUCCCCUCCUUGCUGCUGGUCUUCAAUCCUGCCAUACAGUUCAUGUUUUAUGAAGGCUUCAAAAGAAAGCUUUUGAAAAAGCAGACACAACUCACAUCUUUGGAUGCUUUUGUCAUGGGUGCAGUAGCCAAAGCAGUUGCCACCACCCUCACUUAUCCUUUGCAGACGGUGCAGUCAAUCCUGCGGUUCGGACGCCAUAGAUUGAACCCAGAAAACCGAACACUAGGCAGUCUUAAAAAUGUUCUUUACCUUCUUCGAGAGAGAGUGAGGCGUUUUGGAUUAAUGGGACUCUACAAAGGCCUUGAAGCAAAGCUCCUGCAGACAGUCCUUACUGCUGCUCUUAUGUUUCUAGUAUAUGAGAAACUGACUGCAGCAACCUUCAGAGUCAUGGGAUUAAAACGUUCGCACAGACGUUGAGAAAGGAACCUAUGCCAAAGCCAUCUCCAUUCCUUGGAGAAGUCUGGAAUGCAGUCUGCAGGAAGUGUUGCCGCAGCUUUGAGAGUAGCCCAUUCCCUGCUCUUCUGUGGACUCGCUGUGUUAAGACACAGAGCAGAGACCUUAUUCAAACACUUGAAAUGAAAUUCCAGCUGCUUUGUCAAUUGGCAGACAGUCUCGGUGAGAAUGAUUCCCUCACUGUGCUGAACUUUCUUGUUUUCCUUUGAAUUGCCCUCAACUGCUCUCCCUGUUUUUUAACUUCCGUCAGCAGCUGAUGGGGCUGGUUCCAUGUUAUUCUCCUCGCACUGUGUUUAUGUCACUCGAUAAUGUGGAUCAUUAAAACAAUUCAGAAAGAUCAA